UAAUCCCCACUCUGGUUCUCUUGAAUUGAAGCUCUCUCCGUGUAAGUUUUUUCUUUGUACGCUUCCUGAAAUCCACGAAAAUACAGUUAAAAUUUUGGGAUUUGAAAGAAAGGGAACGCCGCUCCACGGAUUCCGCCCUUCCAGCAGAGCAGGGCGACUGCUGUAGUAUCCGUUUGCCCCACCAAUUUCAGUGAACACACAUCCACUAGAGAGCAACAACGGUGGAAGAAAGUUGCCCAUUGAAUCUGUCUUCUCGGAGCUUUCUUGUCAUCAGUAACAAUGGCGGAAGCAUCAGCUACAGGUAACGGCGGGGGAGGGGCGGAGGCGUCGCUCAAAGACAAGGGCAAUGAGUUUUUCAAAGCAGGGAACUAUCUCAAAGCUGCUGCACUUUACACCCAGGCUAUCAAAUUAGACCCUUCGAAUCAUGCUCUUUAUAGCAACCGUGCUGCUGCAUUUCUACAUCUAGUCAAGCUCAACAAAGCACUUGCUGACGCUGAGAUGACAAUUAAAUUGAACCCACAGUGGGAAAAGGGAUAUUUCAGAAAGGGAUGCAUACUGGAAGCCAUGGAAAAAUAUGAUGACGCCUUAUCUGCAUUUCAAACAGCCCUGCAGUACAAUCCACAAAGUGCAGAAGUCUCAAAAAAGAUUAAAAGGGUUUCACAGUUGGUGAAAGAUAAAAAGAGGGCUCAAGAAGUGGAGAAUAAGAGAUCAAAUAUAGAUAUGACAAAGCACUUGGAAAAGCUGAAAUCUGAACUGUCUGAAAAAUAUGGAUCUGAAGAUCGCUGGAAAGACAUAUUUUCUUUUGUUAUUGAGACUAUGGAGGGUGCUGUGAGAUCGUGGCAUGAAACGUCUAAUGUGGAUGCUAAAAUGUACUUUCUACUUGAUAAGGAAAAGACGGAUACUGAAAAAUAUGCUCCAGUUGUAAACAUUGAUAAGGCAUUUGAAUCACCCCACACCCAUAGUGAUUGCUUUCAAUUUUUAAGGAAAUAUGCUGAGGAUUCAGUUUCUCAAGCAGCAUGCUUAGUAACUCCCAAAAGCUUGAUAUCUUACCCACAGGUCUGGAAAGGACAGGGCUCAAGAAAAUGGAAGCAUGGACAGCAUGAUGGUUUCUUCAUUCAGCUUGAAGCACCUUUACUAAGAAAGCUAUGGUUUGUCCCUAGUUCCAGUGAACUAGGACGACCAUUGUGCCGGGAUCCUGAGGUUCUGGAUAUCAGUGCACAUGAAUUACUACCGCGCAUAUUUAAAUAGAAGCCUCUAAGCACUUAGAUCCGAUAGCAGCCAGACUUGUGUUCAAACUUUUCAUGUCAUCAUCGUUUUUGCGCGUUACUGAUGAAGCUGGUUAUAUCUUCCAUCACUCUUAAUUUAGAAGGCUCUUUUUGAAAUGUUUGCAAGGUGUUUCACAUUCAUACUGUGUCCAUACAGAUAGAAAACUGAUACCUGCUCUGAAUUUUUAGACCAUGGAAAUUCUUUCUUGUAUGAUUGUUUUCUUUUUGUGUAGUGCUGCGGAGUGUUUUAGUCCUUGGAGAAGCUAAUCAGCAUUUCACAGGUUCUGCGUUAGGUUUCUAUCUUGAGAUUUUCCUUUGGUAGUUAGUAAUAUGGGAUGGAUUUCUGUUUUUGAAUGCUCAGAGAUACAUAUGGUAUGGUUUCGUUUUAUGAAAGUUUGUAUCUUUUUUGGACUGAAUCACCGUAUUGAGAUUUGUUCAACAAAUGUGGGAUUGAAAGAUCGAACCUUCAACCUUAAAA